AUGACUAACGUACUAGCCAGAGCUGCUAAUUUCCGCAAAAAAUCACUGCAUAAUGCCACUGACAAAGAAAUACCAGCUCCAGUAUCAUCACCAUCUUUACCUUCAUCAUCAUCUUCACCAUCACCAUCACCAUCACCAUCACCAUCACCAUCACCAUCACCGUUAGUUUCCUCAACUACAAACACUAUAGAUGCUGCUAAUCACAAUUUAAACCCAACUAAACAAACUUAUAAUAAUCACCAUAAUAAUGACAAUUAUAAUAAUGACAAUAAUAAUAAUAAUAAUAUUAAUAAUAAUAAUAACGAAAACGAUCGUAAUAAUAAUAAUAAUAAUAAUAAUAGUGCUAACCAAACUAUAGUUCAACUACAAAAUGGGAAAAAUAUAAAAAACAGUUGUUUUUUCGCACCACCAACACCACUAGCAGAACUACCAAAGGAAGAACAACAACAACCACCACAACAACAACCACAACAACAGAAACCAAAGCUGCCCAAACCGUUACCACGCGCAGUGUCCAACUUUGCCAAUAGCCCAUCACACCCACCAUUAACACCACCUACUCCAUUGGGGUCGUCUCGUCUUCCCCGGUCGAGCUCCUCACCAACGUCACUCGCUUCACACUCACCAAUGAGAACAAGCUCUUCAUUUGUAUCAAAUGCAAAUGCAAACUUAUUCUCAUCAUCAUCCUUCUCCCCAUCUUCCAGCAAAACCACUACCACUACCACAAACCCAAACCCAAAUACAAAUACAAAUACAAAACCAGGAACAAAAACAGGAACAGGACCAGGAACAACAAACAAUGACCAAUUAAUCAAGACAUUACUUAAAAGGUACAAGAAAUUGGAGCUCGCACUAAAUAAGUUUAAUUCUAAAAAGUACAAUCACCAUAGCAAUAGUUCCAGCAGUAGCAAUGGAAGUGGGACAGUUCUUAAAGGAAACUUAUUGCGAACGUCACUUAUUCCAUUUUUAAGAACCGCUAGUCAGCUAGACCAAUGUUUUUCCAAAGACUCAAAAAUAUAUCAAAGUCUAACAAGUGUCAUAUUGGAGAUUUUGAUCAAAUGGUGGAGGGCCCUCAUAGGAAAUUUGUUGUAUACAUCGCAUGGAUCACUACCAUCAGCCAACUCAAGGGAAAGUUUGGCGCCUGCAUCUUCAUCGUCAUCGUCGUCUUUGCCAUCUUCCUCAACAGUACCAACAGGAGCUACUGCGUCUGCAUAUGCACCAGCAUUUAACACUAGUUCCACCACCAACACCAACACCAACACCACCAGCACCAGCACCAGCACCACCACUUCACCAUCUUUAAAACCACCAGCGACACUAGAGCUGAUAUGUUAUUCCACCAUUCCUGUGUCCGACCGCAAUGCAUACCUCGAGUGUAUCUCUCGCAUAAUAGCUCGCGACGAUUGGAGCCAUUUCGAUGACCAAAAGACUUUUCGUGAUUUGUUAACCACAACUUUGGACUAUUGCAUUGAUAAAUUGACCACACUAAAGACAGUAACAGGAUCAAUGGCAGCAUUUAUUGGAAAGGUAUUUGCAUAUAGCUUUUUCAAUAUCCCAAACGUAUCUAAUGCUUUGCUUUUUCUAUUGAAUGUCAAACAAGUGACUUUUGAAUCUUGCCUCAAGUCCAUGCCUGCAAACACCAAAAAUAACUUGCAUCUACACCAAACAUUUCCACAACACUUGCACCAUCUCAUCAACUACAAAGGACUUUGUCAUUUGAAAUCUCGAGCACAGAAACGGUAUAUGAACUGUAUGCCUCCACCAAAACACCCGGUGUCUGGUAUAAAGAAUCCUAACGGGGAAUGGGUGCGUAGAUGGUGUGGUUCUGACUCAAAUGUUUUUAAUUCAUUCCUUCGUCAUUACAUAAACAUUGUCCUGAAAUCAUUACUAAAGUCAGAUGAUGCUUGUGAGCUCCUUGUACUUGCCAACUGUCCCGGUUUCACCAUUAUCUUAAGCCACAUUUAUCAAAUAUUCCAAGUUUCAGUCAACCGCAUUAGCACCGAGGGAAGUUUACAAAACGGGAAAGCUUCGUUACCACUAAAAAACAAAUUGUCAAAUAUGUCAAACGAUAAAUCGCUUCCUCCACUUCCACCACCUACAUUCAAUAUAAAUAUGAAGCAAAGUGAUAUGUAUUACAGUUCCAUCAUCAAAAUCUUCAAGACUGUAAGGGAUAUAGCACAUUGCGCAACUGCAAUGUCGAAUGACAAGUCGAUCGAUAGCAUUAGCGCCAGUCUUAUCAAAUUAAUCAAUUCGUGCUUCAAGUCGAUUGCCAAGGAGACUUCAAUUUAUGAAUCCAACAAGAUUGGCUUGAUCUUGGGCGUGGUCAAUGAGUUUGUCAACUAUGUUGAAAACAACUCGACUGAAGUAUCCUAUUUGGUUGACUGGGAGUUUUGGUUAAAUUGCAACUACAUGAUUCUAUGUCAUUCAGACCAUAUACAAAGUUUGUUGAAAUCGUUUGCAUUUUUGUUCAACACUUGGGAUAUGAUACCCGAUGCAUUGAGCAGUAGUGUUCGAAACGGAAGUCAAACUGAGGUAAAAACGCAUGAGGAUCUCUUAUGGAUCAAAAAUCUCAAUGAGUCAUUUAAGGUGAAUUUUGUCAAUUAUCUCAUUAGCGAAGAGUGCUUCCAAAUGUUUUUCACACAUUGGAACCCACUCGUUAGAUCUUACUACAUUAAGUUGCUUGUGUGGAGAGUUGUUGGCAUCAACAACUACCAAUCUUCGUCAUCGAUAAAUGUCACUAGAAAACUCCAAUCCCACCUCACCCAGUCAUAUGAGAUACUUCUGAACUUUACUAUGGUCAACAAUGGUAUUGUUAAACUUGACUAUACACCCGAUAGUCCGCUUGUGAAUCGAAAGCUUGGAAUCUUGCCCAUUGGAAAAGACGACUAUUUGAUUGAUAGCCCUUCAGAAGUAUAUUUACUGGCCACAACCCUCAAGUCGUCCGAGUUGCGUAAAACACAUCCGUUUGAGAUAUUUGAUGAAGCUGUGUACACAUGUUCAACAGUUCCAUCAGCAGCCAGCGAAGCUUCAUCAAAUUCAAAUUCACUCAAAUUGAAUACUAAAUCGUUAUCAAAAUCAAAAUCGAAAUUGAGAUUGAAAACCAAGUCCAGCUCUAGUACCAAUUUGGAAUCCAAUUCUAGCACAACUGGUAAUAAGUCUAACUCAUUAGUGUCGUCUCUCGGAAGACUUUUGAGACUCUUAUCGGAUGAAGAAACGCCUGAGGAUAAUGAUCACACGGAAGAUGAGCAUGAUUAUCAAGAUAAUGGAUAUGGUGCCCACAAUGCCCAAGUUGGAAAUGUGGGCAAUGGUGAUGGCCAUGGUGAUAGAAGCAGUGGAAGUGAAGGCGAUACUGAUAAUAAGAUAUUAAAGCGGAAUGGCGCAUCAUUCUCAUCCAUAUCUACUUUGUCGCAAUCCAUUAGAUCAAGGUCAUCAUCACCAAGCAUAUUGUCGUUAGCCUCUGCACCAACUUCAUUCACCGAGUCCUCUUCAGUCAAAUCUGAUUGCGAAUCAAUUUUAACUAUUGAUACUUUGCAGAUGCAGAAGGGUGGGAAAACUAACCUGAAUGAUCAACAAUCAUACAACAUCCAACCCCCUGAACUAUCAAAAAUACCACCCGAAAUAAUCAGGCCCAUGUUCAAGUUUGAUAUUGUUGUAUGUCAUGAUACAAUGAAUCAAAAAUAUCAGAUGAUUCAUUCCAGAAACUCAGCUGUGAGUCGAGGACAAUUUUUGAACCACCACAACCAGAAGCACAAGCAUCACCAAAACCAGCAUCAAAAACAACACCGCACCAACUCUCCUCCAUGUUCGCCAUGUUUGCCAUCACCUCCAUCACCAACUACAGCAGGAGCCACAGGAGCCACGGGAGAAGCAGCGAUAGGAGCGACACCUUCUCUUCCCCAUAAAAGUAUUGUUCCAUCGACUUUUUAUUUUCCUCAAUAUCCACAACUUCCAUAUAUCUCAAUUUUCAUCAAUUCAGAUAUGUACAACAGCAAGUUUUACCUAAAUGAAGAAAACGAUGGAAUUUUUUUGGAAAAAAUCAAUUCAAACAGAACAACUUCUUCAGAGUCGCUGUUGUCGUUAACCCGAUCUACAUCGGCCUCAUUGUGUACUCGAAUGGACUCUGUCACAAGAUCAAAAUCCACUUUAAGGUCCAGUGCGAAUGCAGUGACGACUUUAAAUGAUAUCAAGAACCCUCAUCAUCACCAAUCUAGUUCACCCUUGCAAGUAUCUCUUUUCCCACAACCUCAACCGCUUGUUAAGAUGAUCAACCUUGGUAAAUCUAUCAAUGAACUCAACAUAGCAAUUGAAGAGUUUCGUGACUACCUAAAUGAUAGAAUUGAAACUGACUGUAUAAAUGAUCGAAGGGAGCAAAUAACGUCAUUGAGUAGCAACGAUAUUGUUGGGGCGGCACAGGAUUCGGAUGAGAUGAAUGAAUAUACAUACUUUAAAAGAAUCAUUCCAUUCCUCAGUGUCGACUCUAGUAAUGAAAUGAGAUUGUUGAACGCAAGUUAG